GUUAAUUCUACCACUUCUUGGUUUUCUGUGCUCGAUGGAAUAGAUUAUAUUAGAAAAUGUUGAAAUGUGUAUAUUGUUAUAUGUAUUUCCGCAAUGAAUAAUGGAAUGGAAUCCAUAUAUGAGUUCACUUACAGGUAUAAUUUAAAGCUAUUUACGUUUGGCACGGUCGAUGGAUCGGAUGCGUCGUUGGAUGAUGUAGCGACAUUUUUGGGGCACUUUAACGAAAAAAUAAGCUACCUACUCCGGAAUGAAGCGGCGUUAGACACCAUUGACGAAACAACAUGUCAUAUCAUAUCUACAUUCAUCUGCCGUGUUUUCCCACCUUAUAGUCCUUUUAUCGUUUAUAAUAACGGGUUGUCUACGUCAGAGACACGUAUUCUUCUGGACGAUGUAACAAAAAAUCUGCUAAAUUUAAUAUGUAGAAUAAAGGAUUCAGUUGCAGCGUAUGUUUUGGGGUUGGACAAUGCGAAAUUUGCCCUGAACAUUUUCAAUUUAUAUUGGAGAAACAAUAAAGCUGUCGUAGAUCAGUUGUUUAACCUUUUAAUUAACCAGCACGCGAAUUAUGUAGAUGACUUGGUAAUAUUGGUGGGUAUAUUGACCAAGCAUAUACAAAGGGAAUAUGAAUAUAUUAACCUUUUGAUGUCCGGCAUAAGGCAAGGGCGCUGGACUAAUAACUUCCGCACGUCAGAAAUCAGUGCUUAUAUCGCAUAUAGAAGUGAUACGUCAUCUAGUUUUGAUCGGAAUGCAUUAUUUGUGGAUCAAAAUAUUAUGAUUUUAGACGUGUUAGCAUAUUUGGAAACCAUAUUGCAACAUUUCCCAAUAUCUGAGUGUGAUAGAAUUCUUUCUGUUACUGUUUCGAGUUUUGACGGUGAAUCUCAGAUUUCUACUCUGCUUACGAAUGUAUAUUACUUGUUUUCUCAAGUAGAGAAACUUAUAUAUGACAAGAAACGAGCUAUAUACAAGAUGGAGUUGUCUGAGAAGCUUGCAGCAACAUUUCAGAGGUCUCUUUUCUAUCGAUGCAAGAUGAUUGCGUUAAACUGCCUGUUGUCAAUUGUGAAAUAUAAUGUUGUAAUCCAUCCUACUGAAUCGGCAGACUAUUGUUAUAAUUGGUUAUUGAUUUUUUUAGAGAUUGGUGGUGAAGAAUAUGACGUUGAUUCUUCAGUUAUUUUAGAGGAUUUGCAUGACAUUGACCUUUUCAAACACGUGGAUACUUGGUCGUCAAUAAGUGGUACUUGGUUGCCUGGCGAGAUUGAUCAAUUGAGAUCUUUGGUUGGUUCUAGAGAGAAUCAAAAUCAGACGAGCCCCAAUGAUGAAACAAAGAUGAUAUCAGAAGUGACGGGGAUACAUGAUACAGUAGUUAUCAAUAAUUGUCUUAAGAAGCAUAAUUUCGAUGUUUCCGAGACGAUAUUGGCAUUACUCAAAGAAUCAGAAAUCGAGUCCCGUCCAUCUCAACAUCACCGUAUCCAACCUCACAAGAAGCCUACGCCUUCUAUGGAUAUAUCAACACAUUUUAUUUCUAAAGAAACACGGCAAUCUGUAUUAAACUACUGGGAUUUCAUUAAUCGUCAGGAAAUCUACGAUGAUGAUUAUGACGACGACUCCAUGGAAGAUGAUGUGUUACCUCUAAAUGCACGCCUUGUUUACGAAGAGAUGACAGAUUCAGAAGAAGAUGUGGACGACAGUUCCGAGAAUGUGAACCAAUCAGGUGAUAAUAGCACUGCCUCCAAAACACAAAGUUCUGUUAAUCUUCCAACUGAAGGUCACCCAAGCAGAAGCUUUCACAAUUCUCGAAAGAAAAAGCACACUCCAAAAUACAACAGGAAGCGUAAUACCAUAAAUAUUGAUGCUUUCAGUUGA